AUGUCAUCGGGGUCCCGUAUGGCUAGCACUUCAGCCUCAAGUGCUCCUCGCGGGACGAGCCGAUUGACUUCAAACGCUGUGCUUGCGGCUGCUACGGCUGCUACUGUUGGCUCGGUGGCAUGGUACACGCAUCUAUACGGAACCCUGCCUUUCAUCGGUGAAGUGAGCGCCAGUUCUCCCGCCGAGGAUGGUCUUCAUCCUCCAGCCUACCCAUGGAGUCACAAUGGCUACCUCGACUCCUUCGACCAUGCAAGUAUUCGUCGAGGCUUCCAAGUGUACAGGGAAGUUUGCUCUGCAUGCCACUCAUUAAACCGUAUUGCAUGGCGCAACCUUGUUGGCUCUUCCCACACUGCGGAAGAGGUUCGGGUACUCGCUGAGGAAGUCGAAUAUGAGGAUGGUCCGAACGAUGCUGGGGAGAUGUUUACGCGACCUGGAAAGCUCAGUGACUACUUACCUGCGCCGUAUCCUAAUGAGGAGGCUGCACGAGCUGCGAAUGGUGGAGGUCUCCCUCCGGACCUCAGUUUGAUAACCAAAGCGAGACAUGGUGGUGCUGACUACGUGUUCUCAAUUUUGACUGGAUAUGCUGAUCCUCCAGCUGGUGUGGAAAUCCGUGAAGGUCUCAGUUACAACCCUUACUUCCCCGGUGGUGCUAUCUCUAUGGCCCGUGUCCUCUUCGAUGGCGUAGUCGAGUACGAAGAUGGUACUCCUGCAACAGCAUCGCAAAUGGCUAAAGAUGUCGUCACGUUCUUGUCUUGGGCAGGUGAACCAGAACAUGACGAGAGAAAGAAGAUGGGAUUGAAGGCUGUCAUUCUCCUCUCCACCUUGUUCGCCCUUAGCAUUUACGUGAAGCGCUACAAGUGGACACCUAUCAAGAAUAGAAAACUCAUUUACACUCCACCAAAGGCACCCACGCACUGA